AAAAAACACGCCCUCCCCUCGUGACAGAGUCACAUGACUGUCCCUCAGCGUGACGUGAAAUCAGCUGACUGCAGAGAGGAAGGAGAUAAAUCCUCCGUCGACCUUCGUGCUCCUCUCGGUUCUCCUUCUGGUUCUCCUGGUUCUCCUGGUUCUCCUGGUCCCGGUGUCUCCACGAUCCUGAUCCGACAUGGCGAGUCAGUCUCAGGGGAUCCAGCAGCUGCUGCAGGCCGAGAAGAGAGCGGCCGAGAAGGUGGCCGAGGCCCGCAAACGUGAGUACCUGAGGCGGCCUGAGCACCCGAACAGGCCCGCUCAUCGCACCGAACCGAACCCACCGACCGACCGAACACCGGGAGUGAGAAAAAACAACAACAGAGAGGAGAGAAAGGGAAUAAGAGAGAGAGAGAAUAAGGGAGGAAAAUGGAGAGAGAAGCAGUGUGAGGGAGGAGAAACGGAGAAACAGAGAGGAAAGAAAGAGGGAGAGAGAAUAAACAGAGAAAUAGACAGAGGGAGAGUGUGUGAGGAAGGAGAAACAGAGAGAGACAGAACAGGCUGAAAACAGAAACAGAGAUAAAUCCAGUCAAACCAGGAGUAAGUAUUAAAGAGCUGAAACUGAAUUUGAUCGAUUUUCAGUUUUUAUUCUGAAAAUCAAAUUCACGUCAGAGUCAGUACCUCCUGUUUUUAAUGCAGCAGCUGUUUCUGACUUCCUGUGAAUAAUAAUAAAUAAAUACAAAGUGAGGAGGAAAUUAUGAUUUAUGAAGUAAACACGACAAGGAGGGCAGAGUUAGGAUCCUUCAUUAGAAAACAUACUCAUGUGUCAGUGUAGAUUUACUGUAAUUAACUGUAGUUUACUGUAGAAUUACUUUAAUUUACUGUAGUUAACUGUAACUUACUGUAAUUUGCUGUAACUUACUGUAGUUAACUGUUAUUUACUGUAGAUAAUUUCCCUCAACACUUGCAUUAAAAUCUGCUAUGACUCAGCCUCAGAGCAUUAUGGAAAACUGUGAUCCCAUCCUGAGACGAGUCAGAGGGUUUGAGAGAAGAGGACUGAUCCAAUCAGAGCGAUCCAAUCAGAACAAUCCAGUCAGCUUAUCAAUUCACUCAUUGAUCAGAGCAGAGGAAGAGAUGAAGAGAUGAAGAGAUGACAACCACAAAAAGACUAAAACUGAUUAAACCACUGUGUGUGCGUGCAUGCAUGCGUGUGUGUGUAUAGGUAAGAACCGACGUCUGAAACAGGCUAAAGAAGAGGCUCAGGCUGAGAUCGAACAAUAUCGUCUACAGAGAGAGAAGGAGUUCAAGACCAAGGAGGCAGCUGUACGAACACACACACACACACGCACAUACACACACGUAUCUACACACACACAGUCACACUCAAACACACACACGCACAUACACACACACACACACACACACACACACACACGUAUCUACACACACACAGUCACACUCAAACACACACACAAAUACAAACUAACACACAUACACACUAACACUCACACACACAGGUAUCUACACACACACACACUCAUUCAUGAAUAUUUGUAGUAUCGUAUUUAUUUCGUCUUUUUCUUUCUCGGUUAUUUCAGAUGUUUUCUGUUUUCGAUGUUUACGUGUUUUUGUUCCCCAUUAAUCAUCAGUUUGUCGUCAGGUGUUAAUUGUUUUAUAUCUUUUCUCCCUGUAACUGAUGGUGUGUUGUUGUCAUGGUGAUUUCAGGCCCUUGGUUCUCAUGGUAACAGUGCUGUGGAGGUCGACCGGGACACGGCCGAGCGGAUGGGGCGUAUCCAGAACAGUUACCGUGGUAACAGGGAGGCGGUGUUGGGCGAGCUGCUGAGGCGGGUCUGUGACAUCCAGCCGGAGUUUCACGCCAACUACCGUGUGGCCGGCUGAGGGGGUGGGGCUUAGAAAAACUCAACCUGGCAUGGACGUUAGCAACACUAGCUCUGUUAACUUCUGUCACCGCAAACAUCUGUUCGAGUUUUUUUUCAAGUUAUCGUUCUCUGGUCCUCCAAGUAACUUUAUUUUGAAGGUGCAGAGUUCAUCACUUCCUGUGUUCCAGACAAACACAAGAAUGUUGAUAAAUGUCGUUAUUGUGUCAUUGUUUACUAAAAAUAUUUAUAAAUAUCUGAAUCAGGUUUUUUGCUUAACUUAAAUCCUUCCUGAACCUACCAAAAUAAAAGUCUUAACAGAGGAGGGAACGAGCCAAUCAGGAGUCAGUUUGAUGUUGAAUUACUGAAUAAAAUCUGUGAGCUGAUUGGUGUUCAAACUUCCUCCUAUCAGGGUUCCCAAUUCAACUCAGACUUUUGACCUGAUUGGCACAAAAUAUUAUCAAGGCGUUUAUUGUGAAAUCUUUGUGCUUUCUAUUGUUGCUUUGUUUUUCCUGUGUGUGACUCUGACUUCCUGUUGAUGUUUGUGAAAAUAAAAAAACAUUAAAGUGACUGACUGAUGAACCCGUGUGAAGCUG